AUGCAAUUAUCUUUAUUAUCAUCUUCAGUGAUUUUAUUGCUUGUUCAGUUAAUUAAUGCUGUGGCUAUUUCCAACCCAUCUAAAUCUAACGGUGUUAAAUUCAAGAGAGGUGGUAACGUUGCCUGGGAUUAUGAAAAUGAUAUCGUCAGAGGUGUCAACUUGGGUGGUUGGUUCGUCUUGGAACCAUACAUGAACCCAUCUCUUUUUGAACCAUUCAAGAAUGGAAAUGAUGAAUCUGGUGUUCCAGUUGAUGAAUACCACUGGACCCAAACUUUGGGUAAAGAAACAGCAUCCAAGAUUUUAGAAGACCACUGGGCAAAAUGGAUUACCGAAUGGGAUUUUCAACAAAUGAGCAACUUGGGUUUAAACCUUGUUCGUAUUCCAAUUGGUUACUGGGCUUUCCAAUUAUUAGAUAACGAUCCUUAUGUUCAAGGUCAAGUUGCUUUCUUGGAUGAAGCUUUAGAAUGGGCCAGAAACCACAACAUCAAGGUCUGGAUUGAUUUGCACGGUGCUCCAGGCUCCCAAAAUGGUUUUGACAACUCUGGAUUAAGAGACAGUUUGGAAUUCCAAAACGGUGACAAUACUCAAGUUACUUUGAAUGUCUUGGCUGAAAUUUUCCAAAAAUACGGUACUAGUGAUUACGAUGAUGUUGUUGUUGGUAUUGAAUUGGUUAAUGAACCAUUGGGUCCAUCCUUGGACAUGGAUGCUCUUAAAAAGUUCUACAUGGAUGGUUACUCAUCUUUGAGAAACACCGAAGGUUCAGUUACUCCACUUAUUAUCCACGAUGCUUUCCAAGUUUCUGGAUACUGGGAUAACUUUUUAACUGUUGCUGGAGGUCAAUGGAACGUUGUUCUUGACCACCACCAUUACCAAGUUUUCUCUGCUGGUGAAUUAUCUCGUGACAUUGAUCAACACAUUUCCGUUGCUUGUAACUGGGGUUGGUCUGCCAAGAAUGAAUACCACUGGACUGUUACCGGUGAAUGGUCAGCUGCUUUGACUGAUUGUGCUUACUGGUUGAAUGGUGUUAACAGAGGUGCUCGUUGGGAAGGUGCUUAUGAUGGUUCUCCAUACUACGGCUCUUGUGAACCAUACUUACAAUUCUCCUCUUGGACUGAUGAACACAAAACCAAUGUUAGAAGAUACAUUGAAGCUCAAUUGGAUGCAUUUGAAUUCACUGGUGGUUGGAUCUUUUGGAGUUGGAAGACUGAAAACGCCAUUGAUUGGGAUUUCCAAAAAUUGACCGACAAUGGUAUCUUCCCACAACCACUUGAUGAUAGACAAUUCCCUAACCAAUGUGGUUUCAAUUAA